AAUACUUAAUAAAGCACAGUUCGAAAAUCCGCAUUCGAACCUAUUUUCCAAACUACUUAAUUGCAGACAUUAUACUAUCUCAUUCCGAUGGAUCGCGUCGUUGGCAAUUUCGAGAACAAGUUUAAGCAUUUGGUGAAGGCUGAAAGCAAGGGAAUGGCCCUGAAGCUGGUGGGAUUCUACGCCGUCGGCUGGACCCUGCGCAAGUUGGUCAAGUGAAGCGUUCUCAUGGAUUCAUUGAAAUCCCCUACUUAUUGGUAGUCAGUCGUUUCUGUUCUGUACCUAUUUUUCAAAUUUAAUGUACGAAUAAAUCGUGGCCUCACCUCAAUAUCA